AUGUUGUUAUCCACGCUAUCAUCGGAGACAACUUUCACGGCGCUCGGCCUAGUGCUUCUCUAUGGCCUUUAUCGUCUUCUCCAGGUCGGAAAACGUGACCCCCGACUACCGCCUGGUCCUCCAACCGUGCCUAUCUUUGGUAACAUGCUUGAUAUCCCUGCCACAGGGUUAGGCAAGAAGUUCAUGGAAUGGUCAAAUCAAUAUGGCAAAAUAUAUUCCCUCAAGGUCGGACCAGGGACGAUAAUCGUCAUAUGCGAUCGCAAAGCCGUCCACGAAUUGAUCAAUAAGAAAGGCAGCAUCUACUCUGACAGACCACCUAAUAUUGUACCGCUUUUCAUCACUCGCGGCAGCCAUAUAACUAUGGAGCGUCAAGGCCCUUCAUGGCGAGAAAAGCGGACGCUUGUGACAAGAAAUAUGAAUCCGAAAUCACUUGACGAGAAGUACUUCCGUAUCCAGGAGGCCGAAGCUGUUCUUCUCAUGAAUCGACUAGUGACAGACCCCAAAAGCUUUUUCCAGUACGCCAGGCUCUACGCGUCCUCCGUCGCGGCAGUGUUAGCCUGGGGGUUCCGUGCGAAGAACCUAGAUUCAUUCUGGUUCAAGGACACGUCCGCAAUGAUCGAGGAGUUCAUUAAGGCUAUCGAACCCGGUGCUAACCCGCCAGUGGACAUAAUUCCACCCUUAUGGUAUCUGCCUGGAAAGUGGAAGAAGCGCGCAUAUCGCGUACGCAAAAAGAUGGACGUUACCUGGGGCAAAGCCCGCCAGAUGGUAGAUGAACGCCGCGCCCGAGAUAACAAACGUGAGUGCUUAAUCGACAUGAAAUUAGAUGACUACAACAGUAAUGGCUGGCCAAUGAGUCAGCAUGCCUUUAACAAUUUCUUUGGUGAGCUGAUGGAGGCUGGGGCCGACACCACUGCGAAUCAGAUCCUUACUCUGAUUAUGGCUCUGGCCAAGAAUCCAAAGGUCCAGGAGAAGGCCCGUAAAGAGAUUGAUGUAGUCUGUGGGACCGACCGAGCUCCAUUAUUCACCGAUUUUGAGAAGUUGCCCUACAUCAAUUGCAUUAUAAAGGAAGGUCUCCGUUGGCGUCCUACAACCGAUCUUGGACUUCCCCACACCGUUACACAAGAUGACUGGUAUGACGGCAUGCUGAUCCCUAAGGGAAGUACCAUCUUUAUUGGUGUAUGGGCUAUGCACCACGAUGAAAACUACUACCCUGAUCAUGACACAUUUAACCCGGAUCGAUUCGUGAACCACACUAAGCUGGCACAUGACUAUGCAGUGGGAUCCAACUAUGAGAACCGCGAUAAAGAUCUGACUGACAUCCAUUUACAUCAUUAUGGCUACGGCGGUGGACGACGAAUAUGCCCCGGCAUCCACCUGGCUGAGCGUAGCAUGUGGCGCAUCACAGCCAAGUUGCUCUGGGCCUUCGAAUUUGACGAACCCAUCGACCCUGAAAGUGGCAAGGCCAAGCCUCUGGAUCCCAACGCCUACACUUCUGCCAACCUGGUCUGCCCUCUCCCCUUCGAAGUACGGAUCAAGCUGCGCAGCCCGGCCCAUGGUGAGGUAAUGAAGCAGGAACUGGUUAGGGCGGAGGAGUUCUUGUCUCAGUAUAACUAA